AAAAAAUAUAUCAUUGAAAAUAAAUAUAUUUUAUGUUUUGUUUGUUAAUAGUUACUAUGUAGUAAAGAUGCCAAUGUCAAUUUAGUUGACAAAGAUGGUGAUACAUGUCUUCAUGAAGCUUUAAGACAUCAUACAUUAUCACAAUUAAAACAAUUACAAGAUGUUGGAGAUAGUGGAAGAUUAAUGAAUAUUUUUACAAGUUCAAAUGGUUAUGAAAAACGACCAAGUGUAGCUAUUGCUUGUACAUUAGUUAUGCAUGGUGCAGAUUUGUCUGCAAGAAAUAAAAAAAAUCAAAAACCCUUUGAUCUAUGUCCUGAUCCACAUUUAUGUCGGAUGUUAACUCAAAAAUAUAUAGAAUAUAAUCGAGAGCAUAAUAAUGAUCAACAAUUAUCUCCAAAUAGUAGUUUAACUGAAUGUCUUGUUUGUUCUGAUAAUGAACGAGAUACAUUAUUUCAACCAUGUUCACAUGUUGUUACAUGUCAUUUAUGUGCUAGCCGAGUUAAAAAAUGUUUAUUAUGUAAAGAAAAUAUUCAAACAAGAAUUCAAAUUGAACAAUGUAAAAUAUGUUCUCAACGUAGAGCAUCUGUUAUGUAUAAACCAUGUGGACAUCUAAUUGCUUGUGAAGAAUGUGCUGGUCUAAUGGAAAAAUGUUUUGUAUGUCGGGUAGCAAUUGAUUCAAUAGUAUCAUUCAAUGAACUUUGCUGUAGAAAUAAUGAUAAUCUUUCAAUAAAAUCCGAAACAUUAACACCACCAAUACCAACAUCAUCGAAUGAUGUAAGCGAUGCAGUAGCAUUAGCUCGUUUACAACAACAAUUGCAAGAAAUUCGUGAACAAGUUCAUUGUCCGAUAUGUAUGGAUCGAUUAAAAAAUAUGGUCUUUUUAUGUGGCCAUGGUGUAUGUCAAAGUUGUGGUGAUCGUGUACAAGAAUGUCCAAUAUGUCGAAAACCAAUUGAAAAAUCUAUUAUUUUAUAUACAUAG